AUGUCUCACGCUAAGGAUACCACGACUCCAGACCACAAAGGAAAGGGCAAAGAAGUCGCUGAUCCCGCCCCAAAGAGCAUUCUGAAGUCACCCCAGUAUGCCCCCGCUGACAUCUCCCAGCACGUCAACUUCGCUUGGGAAGCUAACACAACAGCCCGCAUCCUAGCCGACAAUCGCGGCCGUCGCCUUCCUACCGGUAAAGAGAAUCGGCGCGAGCGCUUCGUUGAGUGCGGCGCCUACGUUACCCAGGAUGACACCUGGGAUGAAUGGGAGUUGAUCUCUCGUCCCGGCCAGGAGGAUGCUCCCCCCGAGACUGGCGGAGAAAUCAUCAGCUGCCGUGAGGUUAUGAAUUUGCCUGGCGACGACCGUGCCGCCUCCAUCCUCAGUGAGCCGUUUGAGAACACGUGCACCCGACUCCAGCGCCAUCUGCAGCGUGACUCUGAGACUGACCUUAAGUGA